CGCGUCUCCCUCCUCGUGUCCCCCACCCAUUUCGUCGGCCGCGCUUUGCUUCCCUUCUCCCCUCGCCUCGCCACACCGAAUUAUCUGAAGCCACGAAUCCACGCCGCCUCGAGCUCGUCAGCCGGCCUUCCUGACGGCGAAGCCCUAGCGGCUGCCGCCCUGCCGUUGACCGGAGCUCAGCCCCCACCGCCGCAGACCGCGGCGGGUGGGCGUGACCCGAGCUCCUCACCGCCGCUGUAAGAUCCGAACGGUGUCUAGAUUUUCGGGGGUUGGGGGUGGCCGGUUUUGGUUGACGUUGCGGCGGCGGUGACCAUGGCGGGGCCCAAGUUUGGGUCGUUCAAGGCGGAGAAGGGGGACUCGGCGGCGGCUGCCGGCGCGGCGGCGCAGAGGAGGGACCCAUACGAGGUGCUGGGGGUGGGGCGUAAUGCCACCGAGCAGGAGAUCAAGAGCGCCUUCCGCCGCAUGGCCCUCAAGUACCAUCCAGAUAAGAAUGCAGACGACCCUGUUGCCUCAGAGAAGUUCCAAGAAGCCACAUUCUCGUACAACAUCCUUUCAGAUCCAGAUAAGAGGCGCCAGUAUGAUUCGUCGGGAUUUGAGGCCAUUGAAGCAGAUAGUCAAGAACUGGAGCUGGACCUAUCAAGUCUCAAUACUGUAAAUACAGUGUUUGCUGCUCUAUUUAGCAAGCUAGGUGUACCAAUCAAGACCACUGUUUCAGCAACAGUUUUAGAGGAGGCAUUGAACGGGUCAAUAGAGAUUUCUCAGCUUCAGCUGGGAGAAUAUGUAUGUAGAAAGGUGGAAAAGCAGUCAGCUCACUUUUAUUCUGUGGACAUAACAGACAAAGAAGCCAAAAUGGGCUUAGUGUGUAGAGUUCAUUCAACUGCUAAAAGUAAAUUUAAGUUGCUAUAUUUUGAGCCUGAAGAAAAUGGUGGAUUAAGCCUUGCUUUACAGGAAGAUAGUGCAAAGACUGGGAAAGUUACUUCUUCUGGGAUGUUCUUCCUUGGCUUUCCUGUGUAUCGAUUUGAACAAAAUAAUUUGGCUGCUAGUGCGAAGGAUCCUGAUAGUGCAUUCUUUAAAAGAUUGGAUGGCUUUCAACCAUGUGAAGUAAAUGAACUGAAAGCGGGAACCCAUUACUUCGCUGUCUACGGUACAUCAUUGUCUGCUGUAUGCCAUAUUCAGUUAUCCAUGGCAAUAUACAAUCUAUUGAAAAUCAAUCAUUUUUUAGGUGAUAAUUUCUUCAAAAGUGCGAGCUAUACUAUAGAGGUUGUAUGUGCUAAACCCUUCUCUGCUGAAAAGGAGAAGCUACGAAGCGUGGAGGCAAAGAUACUCGCAAAACGAUCUGAGCUGUCUAAAUUUGAGUCUGAGUAUAGGGAGGUUUUAGCAAAGUUCACUGAGAUGACCAGCAGAUACUCUCAGGAAAUGGAAACGAUUGAUGAGCUUCUAAAGGAAAGGAAUGCAAUUCAUGCAUCCUAUACCAACAACCCAACUCUGCAGCAGAGUUCCAGUAACAACAAAGGGAAAUCACCCUCUAAAGGGUCCAAAAGUGAUGAUGACCAAACUGUAAAGAAGGAAAAGAAAUCAAAGAGUCAGCCCAAGGAGGGAUCCAGAAGUGAUGAUGAAGGUCCUAAAAAUAAAAAGGAAAAGAAACCUAAAGAUCGGCUUCGAAGGAAGAAGUGGUUCAGCAUUCAUUUGAAAGUGGACAAGAGAAGGCCCUGCUGAGGAUUUUAAUGUACUGGCCCUGCUGAGUAUUUUAAUGUAUCGUUUCACUGUUGUUUUGUUUUGAGAUAUCACCUCCAGUAGGUGUUCCCAAGAGCUUACUGCUCUCAGGAAACAAGAAGCAAUUCCCAUUUGACCACCGGAAACAUGCAGCCUUGUACAUCUACUCUUCCCGUGAUUGUACUACCAUUUUGUUUCCUGAAAAGUCAGGAACCUGUUUCAGAAAUGAUGUAAAGAAAUGUACCACGUAGUUUUUGGGACCCUUAUUGGUAUUCUGAUACCGUUGUAUUUCGAUCUUAAGUUAGACGGUUACUGAUGAAUGUACACAAGAGGUAUUACUAGUGUGUAAUGUUGUACACUGCGGCCAGAAUUCAGUUCACAUUUGUUCAA